GUUAUGUUAAACUAAUGUUCUUACGGUGUUGCUGAAAUAUCCACAACAACAUUUUUAAAAAAAAUGACAGCUAACUUCAAGUAAUAAUAUUUAAAAAACCUUAGAUUAACAUCCCACUAACAUUCCAGAAAAAAAGGUGAUGUAUAACGUUUUUAAACUAACCUUUUGAGAACAUUAUUAAAGACCAGAUAACUUUGAACAAAUAAUCUGACAUUACUGGAAGAAAAGUUAUGUAUAACCUUGAGAAAAAUGAAUAACCUUGCUACAAAGUUAGUCAAAGUUAUACUGCAAACUAUAGUUGUACUCAAUUUGGCUGCAGAUAUACUUCUUUGUACUGCAGUUCAGUUGUAGUUAUUUUUAGUGAGGACUACAUUAUGAACUAAUUUACUAAUGCAGAUUUAACUCGUUGACUACACUAUUUGCAUUGUAAUACGGUGAUAACUGCAACCAAACAUUUUUGCCGCGCGUUUGUUUCACGCAGUGACUUUUAUUUCGAUCUAGCGACAUGACGUUAUAAAGCUGCGCCGCGCUCCCUGCAUCUGUUGUGAUUAGGCUGAAAAAAGAAAAGCUCCUGGUGAAGGAACGGAGAUCCAUGUGACACUAUUAUAAAGAUGGCGUUUAUUAAAGAGGAGAGUGAAGAAAUGAAGAUUGAAGAAACAUUCAGAGUGAAACAAGAAGAUACUGAAGAACAAACAGACUUGAUGGCACUGAAAGAGGAGAGUCAAGAACUGAAUGACAUGAAGGGGAAAAAUCAGUAUGAAAAUCAUCAUGAUUUCAUGACUGGAGAAAAAUCCACAGAGACUCAAAAGACAUCUCCAAGAAACAGACGUCGGAACAAGUCUAACAUGAGUUUCACCUGCCAUCACUGUGGAAAGAGUUUCAGUCAUCACGGAAACCUUAAAGUCCACAUGAGAGUUCACACUGGAGAGAAGCCUUUCUCCUGCCAACAGUGUGGAAAGAGUUUCACCCAAAAACAAAACCUUAAUACCCACAUGAAGCUGCAUACUGGAGAGAGCUCUUUCACCUGCCAACAGUGUGGAAAGAGUUUCACUCAAAAAGGAAACCUUACAGUCCAUUUGAGAAUUCACACCGGAGAGAAGCCUUACACAUGCAAACAGUGUGGAAAGAGUUAUACAUAUAAAAACUACUUUAAUUCCCAUGUGAAAAGUCACACUGUAGAGAAGCCUUUCACAUGUGAUCAGUGUGGAAGGGGUUUCACACGUAAAAUAUCUUUUAAUUACCACAUGAGGAUUCAUUCAAGAGAGAACUGUUUUAUAUGUCAUCACUGUGGAAAGAGUUUCACCUAUAAAAUAAGCCUCAAGACUCACAUGAGAGUUCACACUGGAGAAAAUCCUUAUACAUGCACUCAGUGCGGAAGGAGUUUCACAUAUAAAGCAUCCCUUGACUCCCACAUGAGAAGCCAUACUGGAGAAAGGCCUUACGCUUGCAAACUGUGUGGGAAACGCUUCCCACAAAAAGGAAACCUUCAGACUCACAUGCGAAUUCACACUGGAGAGAAGCCUUACACGUGUCUUCAAUGUGAAAAGAGUUUCAGAUAUCAAAGAGACUUGAAGCAUCAUUUGGAACAGACUCAUUGUGGAAAAAAAUUGCAGUGUUCUGUGUGUAAUAAGAAGUUUAACAAAAUUACCAAUUUUAAAAAUCACCUGCGCAUUCACUCUGGAGGAAGACGAUUGAAUUGUGAUCGGUGUAAUAAAAAAUUUAUUUUGCCGUCACACUUAAAGAUACACAUGAAAAGCCAUGCAAAUGUGAGAACUUACUUGUGUUCUUUGUGUGGAAAGGGUUUUAAAUGGCUUGGAAAUUUAAAAUGGCACCAGAAAAUAUGUCUCUGUGUGAAGUCAAGGCUGCAUCCACACCGUAGCUAAAUGUGGACCAAAUCUGAUUGUAAACCUUUAAGACACUAUUAUCCACAUCCUUCAUCUUAAGUUUUUAUUUUCUUUUGUCAAGUACAUAUGAAUUCCUGUGGCCCCACAUGACCUUCUCCUUUGCUAUAGUUUCAAAUAUUGAGUGGUUGUGGGAGACCUUCUAAUUUCGAUUGUAUGGAGGCGUUGUUGCAUUCCAAAUAUUGAUAUCUCUGAAUCAGUAUAUUAGCUAAACUGUGAAAUGCCACAAUGAGAAUGAAAGUUUAUAAAUAAAAGGACAUAAAUUGAAUUAAAUAGUUAUAAUCGCACUGCAUUAUUUGAUUCCUAUUGAGAAUACACAAGUAAACAUGUUGUCAUGUAGGGUUUUUACGAUUUUCACAUUUGGACAAAAUAAUUAACGGUAUUCUGAUAUCUAAAGAAACCUUGAAAAAACCCCAGUGUUAUCAGUCAAAUUCAUCUUUACUUUGGCUAAAAAACAAAAAAGCAAAACACAAACAAUGAAUCACACCAUUGCAUACAACAAUUGAUACUGGCUUUUUUGACAUUGCCUAAGAAAUAACCAGGAGAGAGAAAAUACUGUAAAGUUCAACAGUAUCAUAAAUAAGUUAAAUAUGUUAACUUGUGACCCCAUUUGGAACCUAAAUCCAAUAAAUGGCUUGUGAUGGGUGAUUUUGAAACACUGCUUUAUGAAGUUUCAAAGCUUUAUGAAUCUUUUGUUUCGAAUCAGUGGUUCAGUUGGCAUGUAUCAAACUGACAAAGUCAAGUAAUUUCAGUAAACUUUAUUAUGUCAUAACCGUUUCGAAAUGUUUAAAUUUCAAUGGUUCACCUCUGGGGGGCGAUGAUCUCCGUGAACCCAUGAAUCAAGUGUCUAUAGGUUUUACCUGAUCAGUUUUAUAUAUUUGUAGACGUUUGAAAUAGACAAUAGGUCUAUAAAUAAAGAUACGUACAUUUUAGGAGGAUGUAUUGACAGAAAUGCAAUAUAAUAUACAUAAUUAUGUUUACAGUGGUGUAUAAAGACCUUGCAUAAUGAACCGUUAUGUUUUUAUUACCUUAGAAUGAGCCAUUUCUAUCUACAUACACCGCGGGUCCCCUUACAUGUUAAAUCGCCAUUUUGCGCCGGCAUGUGUCUGCUGUAGCCCUAAAUGGACAAACUGCUCUACAGAGUGUGUUUGAUUGACUAGCUACUCUCUGCUGUCUCAGACGACGACAUAAGAGUAUCAGAGAGCACACCCAGGUUCCUAACUGAUGACGAAGACUUGACAGAACAUCCAUCAAGUGUUAGACAGUAUUCUAGGUUAUUACGUACAGAGGUUUUUGGUCUGUUUUUUCUGAAUUUAGUAGUAGGAAAUUACUAGUCAUCCAUUUUUUUAUAUCAGCUAUCUCCCAAGGGUAGCAUGUACAGAGUAAAAAGCUACGGUCCUAGUACUGAGCCUUGCGGUACUCCACACUAAACUUGUGAUCGGUAUGACAUCAGUUUGUAGCAGUAAACAGAGAUAACAGUCAGAUAUGUAUGAUUUGAACCAUGCCAAUGCAGAUCCACUAAUGCCAACAUAGUCAUCACAGCUGGAGUCAUUAUUUAUAUGAAGGCUUCAAGCAAAAAAAAAAAACCUUGAUGUACACUUUCGUUUAAAUAUCAGCUCAUUAAACCUUUGCUGAGCAGAAAAAAGAAUGCACCAUACUUGCAUAUUGUGACUGUCUGCACAUUUAAGUCAUGCUCUGCCAAAUACACCUUCAAACUAAAAACAAACUAUUCAGAGAUUUGACUGAAGUGAAAAUCUGGGUCACCCAGUGUUAUGUCCACCUGGCUCAAGGUGAAGCAACAUAAGAAAAGGGGAGGCCACACAUGGAACUCAAUUUAACAAAUAAACAUUUAAUAGAAAAUAAGUCAAAGUAAUAAUACUACAACUCAAG